UUCCAGGUCACAUAAGAAGCCGAAAGACGGUUUUGGCGUGAAAGUUUUCGGUGAAAUAAGUAAUACGUACAUUGAUAUGUUUAAGUUUAUGGUUCAGUGAUGCGUUAUUAAAAAUUUUAAACUAAUAAUUCGAAUUAAUAAGUUUUUUGUGGAUCAAACUAGAUUUUUAGAAAAGCAGAAUGGAAAACAUGAUUUACAUCUUUUUACUAUUUUUUACGAGCUCCAUCAACUGUCUACCCAGAAAUAUAAAUAUACCAAACCAUGCCUCUCCAUCUGAAGUGAACUACUUAAUCGACCCAAUAAGAUUCUCGAUAAAUAAAGAAGCUGCAUCACCUAAUUCAAUAGACGACACAGUACAUGAAGUAGAAGCAGCAUUAAAAGCUAACCCUUCACUACCUCGGCUGACUAAGGGCGAAAUUUUGGAUUUAUUGGAAAAUAUUACUAAGAGUGAUGCUAAUUCUGUCUAUGGACCGUACGAAAGAAAGUCGAAGGCUAUAAUGAAGGUAUUACCUUUUACACCAGAUAGCAACGGAAAUAACGUAGAAGAUUUGUAUACAAAGCCACCGGUAACUCAAAUAGUUGGAUCUCCGACAGAAAAAAAUGUUGAAGAAGCUCUUGCAAUAAAAUAUGACUUUCCUAAGGUUGUUCAACACGAUACAGUAAACCAAUAUAAGAAAGCAACAAAUGAUAAAAUGAAAAAAUACAGAGGAAACCAACGUCAUAAAAAUAAAUAUAGUACAAGCACAAAUAUUCCUCAACCAAUUAUUUCAGAAUCAUUUAUUAGCCAACCCUAUAAUACUGAAAUAGAAGAUAAUUCCUAUAAUUCCAGGGGAAGCCCAUUUACUAGCACUAGUAGCAGUACUACGUCGCCUCCAAGCGCACAAUUUAUUUAUAAAGGUAAAAAACGAAGAAGAACAACUACAGCUGCUAGUAGCACUAUGAAAUAUCCAAAUCAUCGAUAUGAAGACGAAACGUCUGCAGAAUCUUCCAUUAGUUCCAGUUCAACUAUUUUCCCCAGCAAUGGUAUAAAAGUUAUUUCCCCUCCCUCUUUACCGCCCAAAAUAAUUAACGAGGACCUCUUGCGAUUACAAGGGGAAAAUCAAAGCGUUUUUCAUGAGAACGAUAUGCCAGUGUCAUUUAAAGUUGUAGAUUUAAACGUAAAGGAUAAAAAGAUUAAAGGGGAUGAAGAAGUGGCAUUGGUUGUUGAUAUUCCUGAGCACUUAAAGGGUUUGUAUUUGUAG